AUGUUUCCUUCUCUUUUCCUUUUCUUUCUUUCCUCCAUCCUUUUUCUUUUCUUUUUUCUUUUAUUUCUUUUUUUUCCUUCUUUUCCUUUUUUCUUUCCUCCAUCCCUUCUUUUUUCUAUUCUUUAUUUUUUUUUUUUUCCGUUUUCCUUCUCUUUUCCCACCAUUCUUUCUUUCCUCCAUCCUUCUUUUUUUUUCUUUUUUUAUUUCUUUCAUUUUUUCCAUUUUCCUUCUCUUUUCCACCAUUCUUUCUUUCCUCCAUUCUUUUUUUCUUUUUUUUUUCUUAAAUUAUUUUCUUUUUAUUUGUUUCCUUCUCUUUUCCUUCUUUCUUUCUCCAUCCUUUCUUUUUCUUUCUUUCUUUUUAUAUUAUUUCUUUUUUAUCCGUUUUUCCUUCUCUUUUUUCACCAUUCUUUCUUCUUUCAUCCUUUUUUUUUUCUUUCUUUUUUUCUUUUUUUUUUAUUUUUUUCUUUCUUUUUUUCCUUUUUUUUCUUUCUUUUUAUGACUCCAUUUCUUUUUUUUUUCUUUCUUUUUAUUUUUUUUUUAUCCAUUGUUUCUUUUUUACCAUUUUUUUUCUUCAUUUUUUUUUUUUUCUUUCUUUCUUUUUCUUUUUUCUUUUUUUUUUCUUUCCUCCAUUUUCUUUCUUUUCUUUUUCUUUUUUCUUUUUUUCAUUUUCUUCUUUUUUUCAUCCAUUCUUUUCUUUCCUCCAUUUCUUUUUUUUUUUUCUUUCUUCGUUUUUUCUUUUUUAUUCCGUUUCCUUCUCUUUUCUUUUAUUUUUUUCUUUUUCCUUCUUUUUUCUUUCUUUCUUUCUUUAUUUUCUGCUUUUUUUCUUUUACUUUUUCUUUUUAUAUUACCAUUGAUGUUUUCUUUUAUUUUGUUUCUUUUUUCUUCAUUUCUUUUUAUCAGUAUUGUCUUUUUUUUCUUUACUUUUUUCUUUUUAUAUUACCAUUGCUUUCUUUCUUUUUUUUUGUUUCAUUUUUCUUCAUUCCUUAUGACAGUAUUGUCCUUCUUUUUUCUUUGACUUUUUCUUUUUAUAUUACCAUUGUUUUCUUUCUUUUAUUUUUGUUUCAUUUUCUUCAUUCCUUUUAUCAUAUUGUCCUUUUUUUUUUUUAUAUUACCAUUGCUUUUCUUUCUUUUAUUUUUGUUUCGUUUUCUUCAUUUCCUUACAUGACAGUAUUGUCCUUUUUUUUCUUUGAUUUUUCUUUUUAUAUUACCAUUGCUUUUAUUGUCCUUCUUUUUUUUUCUUUUCUUUUUAUAUUACCAUUGCUUUUUUCUUUUAUUUUUUUUGUUUUCUUCAUUCCUUACAUCCAGUAUUGUCUUUCUUUUUUUUUUUACUUUUUUUUUUAUAUUACCAUUGCUUUCUUUUCUUUUAUUUUUUUUCUUUUUUUUCUUUCCUUAAAUGACAGUAUUGUCCUUCUUUUUCUUUUACUUUUUCUUUUAUAUUACCAUUCUUUCUUUCUUUUAUUUUUCUUUUUUUCGUUUUCUUCAUUCCUUAUUUGA